AUGGACGACGAAGCCUUCACCAACAUAAGCGGAAAGCCUAUAUCUCUAGAAUGCCACAGCCACUCCAGCUUUUGCAGGGAAUUCACUGUUAGCUCUCCCAAAGUGUCCAUCGGCAAGGUGACGGUGUACACCUGCUGUGUGUGGCUGUUAGCUUAUGGCGUGUUCUUUUUUACACAGAACACGGCGGUUCUCUCCAGCGCUAUAUUCAUCACCCUCAUUGGCAUGAUGCUUCAUAUCCACCUCGUGAAAGUGGACCAUGAGACCCUCCUAAUCAUUGGCUCCUUGGGGAUUCAAGUCUCGUCCAGCUACGCCUCGGGCCGCGAGAUCACCACUUUCAUCGAGAUGAGCAAGAUCAAAGAUAUAGUCAUCAAUGAAGCUAUUUACAUGCAUCAAAUCAUCUACUAUCUUUGUGUGCUGUUGAAGGAUCCCUCAGAACAUGAUACAGUGUCAGGUGUUGUACCAUUGUUUCAGAGCUCAAAGCCACGGCUCAACUGCUUGGAGAAAGUUUAUAAAAGCUGUCAAGAGAUUCUCUCGGCCUGCCAGUGA